AUGCCUCGACGUGCAGCUUCGCCGGCGGCUUCAGAGCCCGAGCUUGAUAUCGUUGACUCAUUAUACCCUGCAGAAGAUGCCGACAGCAACCAGACUUUCGCCGCAGACAGCCUCGACUUUGGCAAUAUCUUGAACGGGGAUGCUGGGGGCGCGGAAGAUGGCGGCGAUGAGGACUUCAUUGCUCUUAAACAAGCAGCCUCUUACCGCAAGGCUUCUAACUUGAAAGGCAGAACAGUCAAGAAGGGAGGCGGCUUUCAAGCCAUGGGCCUGAACGCAAAUCUAUUAAAGGCAAUUGCGCGAAAAGGUUUCUCCGUUCCUACGCCGAUUCAAAGAAAAACGAUUCCUCUUGUGCUUGAUAGAAAAGAUGUAGUCGGCAUGGCGAGAACUGGUUCUGGAAAGACUGGUGCUUUUGUCAUUCCCAUGAUUGAAAAGCUCCGCGCGCACAGUGGCCGGUUUGGAAGCAGGGCUCUCAUCUUGUCUCCAUCACGAGAGUUGGCUAUACAGACACUCAAGGUUGUUAAAGAAUUCGCGAGGGGCACCGACUUGAGGGCGAUUUUGCUUGUUGGUGGUGAUAGCUUGGAAGAUCAGUUCGGCUAUAUGGCGUCAAAUCCUGACAUUGUUAUUGCUACGCCUGGUCGAUUCCUGCACUUGAAGGUCGAAAUGUCACUGGAUCUCUCAUCAAUAAAGUACGUUGUUUUCGACGAAGCCGAUCGACUGUUCGAGAUGGGUUUCGCAGCCCAGCUUACGGAAAUUCUGCAUGCCCUGCCACCAUCUCGACAAACAUUGCUGUUCUCCGCUACCCUCCCCGCUUCAUUAGUCGACUUCGCCAGAGCCGGUCUACAGGAUCCUAGCCUAGUGCGGCUAGACGCUGAGACGAAGAUCUCGCCUGAUUUGGAGUCUGCCUUCUUCUCUGUCAAAGGUGCAGAGAAAGAAGGGGCUUUGCUGCAUAUUCUUCACGAUAUUAUCAAAAUGCCUACGGGCGCUCCCGAGAACGCAAAACAAGAUGGCGAAAAGGGAUCAAAAAAGCGAAAGAGGUGUGAAAGUGGCAGUGGCAGCGGCAAGCCUACGGAACACUCAACCAUUGUUUUCACUGCCACGAAGCACCAUGUCGAAUAUCUCGCAAACGUUCUUCAGCAAGCCGGGUUUGCCGUCUCACACGUAUAUGGUUCACUUGACCAAACCGCCCGAAGAAAUCAGGUUGAAGAAUUCCGGCAAGGCAAGACGAACAUCCUUGUCGUCACUGAUGUGGCAGCCAGAGGUAUUGACAUUCCUAUCUUGGCCAACGUCAUCAAUUAUGACUUCCCAUCGCAGCCGAAAAUCUUUGUCCACCGAGUUGGUCGAACGGCCCGUGCUGGCCAAAGAGGUUGGAGCUACAGUUUAGUCCGAGACUCGGACGCCCCGUAUCUUCUCGACCUUCAGCUGUUCUUGGGAAGGACGCUGGUUCUUGGCCAAGAAGGUGAUGAGCCUUCAUUUGCCUCCGACGUGGUUGUAGGAUCCCUGAAACGAGACUUGGUAGAAUCAAACGUCGAAUGGAUGAACAAGCUCCUCCGUGAGGAUGUGGACAUCAGUACGCUGCGUGGCGUUGCUGCCAAAGCUGAAAGGCUGUACCUCAAAACACGAAACUCAGCAUCUAGCCAAAGCGCCAAGCGCUCAAGGGAAAUCGUAUCGUCAGCAGGGUGGAAUCAACUUCACAGACUGUUUGGUAAUGGCGUCGACGACAUGGAACAGCUCCGAGCAGAUAUGCUCACCCGCAUCAGCGGCUUUAAACCCCAGGAGACGAUUUUCGAAAUCAGCCACACAGACAAAUCGCACUCGGAAGCAGCACAGGUCAUGAAACAGCUCCGAAAGAAGAUUACCCCCAAGAACAGACAAGCUUCACAGCAAGAAGGCGACAUUGAAGACGACGACAUGCACCCCAAAUCCAGCAACAAAAGAGACAUGGACUCUGACCAAGAAGCCUCCGACAAUGAAUCACCGGGAGCAGACCAAACUCACGGAUUGGACGACGAUGAACUAGCAGUCACCGUCUCCAAUACAGACUCCAAAACGGGCAAGACAGACUGGCGCGACUCCGAAGUAUUCAUGAGCUACACCCCACGCACCCAUAACGUCGCCGAGGAGCGCGGCUACGGCGUCCACUCUGGGGGGUUCGUCGAAGCAGCCCGGACCGUAACAAUGGACCUGACCAACGAUGAGACGGCCAAAUGCUUCGGACAGCCGUCACGCUCCAAGAUGCGUUGGGACACCAAGUCCAAGAAGUACGUGUCGCGGGACAACGAUGAGGACGGGUCCAAGGGCAGCAAGAUGAUCACGGGAGAGUCUGGCGUCAAGAUUGCCGCCACGUUCCAAUCGGGGCGGUACGAUAAGUGGAAAAAGGCGCAGAGAAUGCAAUCUCUGCCAAGGGUGGGAGAAGCCGAGAGGCCAGGCGCCACGCAGGGUUUGCCGAGCGGCGUGCGGUACAAGCAUAAGCUGGACAAGGCGCCCAAAGAGGCAGACAAGUACAGAGAUGACUUCAAGGUGCGAAAGAAGAGAGUCGACGAGGCGAGGGAAAAGAGACAGGGGAGAUUUAGGGAUGGAAUGGGGAAUAGGAAGGAGCUUAAGGGGGCAGAUGAUAUCCGUAAGGCCAGACAGGAGAAGGAGCGGAGGAGAGCCAAGAAUGCUAGACCUUCGAAGAAGAAGUAG